AUGGUUAGACAAACUUCUGAACAAGUUUCAAAUAAUCGAUUAAGAUUGAAGGUCACAAUUGAUGUGGUCCGAUGGCUUACUUAUCAAGCUUGUGCUUUUAGAGGGCAUGAUGAAUCCCUUCAAUCAAGUAAUCGAGGCAAUUUCAUUGCAAUGGUAAAGGCUUUUGCGUCAUAUAAUGAUGAUGUCGCUAGAACUGUUCUUGAAAAUGCUCCAAAAAAUGCCAAGUAUACCUCGCCACAAAUUCAAAAGGAGAUUUUGCAUAUUGUUUCUAGAAAAGUGAGAAGUAAAAUUCGUGAAGAUAUCGGCGAUGCCAAGUUUUGUAUUCUUGUUGAUGAAGCUCGUGAUGAAUCUAAAAGAGAGCAAAUGGCUCUCGUUUUAAGAUACGUUGAUAAGGAUGGUUUUUUACAAGAACGUUUCUUUGAUCUUGUGCAUAUCAAAGAUACAACUUCAUUGAAUUUAAAAAAGGAUCUUUGUGCGGUUCUUUCUCACUAUAAUCUUGAUGUUCACAAUCUCCGAGGUCAAGGUUAUGAUGGUGCUAGCAAUAUGUGUGGUGAAUGGAAUGGUUUGCUAGCAUUAUUUCUUAAUGAUUGUCCUUAUGCAUAUUAUGUGCAUUGCUUAGCUCAUCGACUACAACUAGCAUUAGUUGCCGUAUCUAGAGAAGUAAUCGUUGUCCAUCAAUUCUUUUCAAACUUGAACUUCAUUAUCAAUAACAUCGGAGCUUCUUGCAAACAAACUGAUGAAUUACAUUCCGCUCAAGUUAUGGAAAUUGCCCAUUUGAUAGAUCUUACUGAACUUGAAACCAGUCGAGGAGCUAAUCAGAUUGUUCUUAACAACCUCAUUGAAGAUGGAUGUAAUUACAAGAUCCUGGGAGAUGCUGAUAAUGCUUUUAAUACUCUUACAUCAUUUCAGUUUGUGUUUAUUUUGCAUUUGAUAAAAGAUAUCAUGGGAAUCACUAAUAUCCUUUGUCAAACUUUGCAACAAAAAGAUCAAGACAUCGUAAAUGCUAUGCAAUUGGUUUCGAGUACAAAACAAAUCAUUCUAAAAUUGAUAGAAAAUGGUUGGAACAAGUUACUUGAUAUUGUUAAAACAUUUUGUGAGUGCCACAAUAUUGAUGUGCCUGAUUUGAGUGUUCCUUAUACCAAAAAAAUUAAAGGUCAGUCACGUCACCCACAAGAGAAUAUUACACUUGAGCACCACUAUCGGAUUGAUAUAUUUUAUGGCACAAUUGAUUCACAAUUGCAGGAGUUGAAUAACAGAUUUAGUGAAAAGGUAAUGAAACUUGUUACUCUCAGCUCAGUUUUGGAUCCUAGAGAUGGUUACAAGUUUUUUAACGUUGAAGACAUUUGCACACUUGUAGAUAAAUUUUAUCCUCAAGAUUUCACGGACCAAGAGAGGAUUAUGUUGACAUUCCAAUUGCAACAUUAUGAGGUUGAAAUGCCUGUUCAUUCAUAUUUGAAAAAUAUGUCAAUGAUUUCUAAACUAUGUAGAGGAUUAGUGGAAACAAAGAAGUCAAAAAUCUACUUUUUGAUUGAUAGGUUGAUUCGUCUUGUCUUGACUCUUCCCGUUUCCACGGCAACUACAGAAAGGGCAUUUUCAACUAUGAAACUUGUCAAAACACAACUGCGCAACAGGAUGGAGGAUGAGUUUCUUGCAGAUUACUUGAGUGUCAGUAUUGAAAAAGAAAUUGCUCAAACUUUUAGUACAGGUUCAAUUAUAGAUGAUUUUUCUUCUCUAAAAGAUCGUCGAGCUCAGCUUUUGUAG